AUGUCGUUACUAAACUUUAAGCGUGGUAAGGUCUUUACCAUGAUCAUGUUGAUUUUCGUCUCCAUGGCUGGAUGGAUGUUCGGUGCUGAUACCGGUUCCAUUGGUGGUGUCACCAAUAUGAGAGACUUUCAAACGCGAUAUGCGGAUCGUUAUAGUCCCAUCACGGAUUCCUACACUUACUCUUCUUGGCGUCAGGGUCUGUUGGUCGGUAUGGUCAACAUUGGUUCUUUGACUGGUUGUAUUAUGUCUUCCCCCCUGGCUGAUCGUUAUGGUAAGCGCAAGUCCAUUAUUGGUUGGACUAUGGUAUAUAUCAUAGGUAUCAUUAUUCAAGUCACCACUGUUCCUUCUUGGAUCCAAAUUAUCGUUGCUAAGAUUUGGACCGGUUUUGGUAUUGGUGCUCUUUCUGUGUUGGCCCCUGGCUAUCAAUCAGAAACUGCUCCUCCUUCCAUCCGUGGUACAAUUGUCGUCACGUAUCAAUUGUUCGUCACUGGUGGUAUUUUCAUUGCUGCAUGUGUCAAUAUGGGUACCCACAAGCUUCAUAAGACUGCUCAGUGGAGAGUUUCCAUGGGUGUCAACUUGAUUUGGGGUAUCAUUACCCUUAUUGGUAUCACUUUCUUGCCCGAGUCUCCACGUUAUCUUAUUCAAAUUGGCAAAGAUGAGGAUGCAGUUAAAGUACUUUCUGAGAGCUCUGAAGUGCCUGCUGAUAAUCCUGAAGUCCAAGAAGAAUAUGGUCGUCUCAAAAAGUCUAUUGACGAGGAAUUCGCUGGUGGUACCUGCUCUUGGGCCAGUAUCUUUGGUAAAAACAUUCGUUAUCGUACCUUUUUAGGUAUGUUUGUCAUGUCUAUUCAACAACUUACUGGUAACAACUACUUCUUUUAUUAUGGUUUCCAAGUCGCCGAAGGUGCUGGUAUUAAAUCUCCAUAUCUUUCCGCCUUAAUUCUUGAUGCUUGUAACUUUGGUUGUACUUUUGGUGGUAUGUUUACUCUCGAAUACUUUGGUCGUCGUAACCCUCUGAUUAUUGGUGGUCUUUGGCAAUCCAUGUGGUUCUGGAUUUAUGGUGCCGUUGGUAGCCGCGCCCUUUACAAACCGAAUGGAACUUCCAACACCCGUGCUGGUGCAGUCAUGAUCGUUUGUGCUUGUCUUUUUAUUUUCGGUUUCGCCCAAACUUGGGCCCCUGCUGCCUACGUUAUUGUUGGUGAAUCGUACCCUGUCCGCUACCGUUCGAAGUGUGCUGCCGUUGCUACUUCAGCUAACUGGCUUUGGAACUUUUUGAUUUCUUUCUUUACUCCCUUUAUUCAAAACUCUAUUGGCUUCAAGUAUGGUUAUGUCUUUGCUGCUUCCAACUUGACUGGUGCAAUUGUUAUUUUCUUCUUUGCCAAGGAGACCAAGGGUCUUAGUUUGGAAGAAAUUAACGAGUUGUAUAUGUCCGAUAUUAAACCAUGGAACUCUACUCAUUUCAAGCUUGAUUACAAAGAACAAAAGAAGGCUGACAAAGAGAACCGUGAGAAGAGCCGUGGUGCUCGUGGUGAAUCUGUUGAGUACGUCGAACGUGCUUCUAAUACCGAGUCUUCUCCUCGAUACUCUUCUCAUGAAGAGGACUAUGCAUAA